GUGAACGGGACAGUUGGCUAACAAGCUACCGUAGUCAGAAACCGUCAAGAGUUUUCAGAAAUUUACCAGGAUAACUGUAAGAUAAUAAAACAAAGUUGUAUACUGUGGGAAGAAGGAACGUACAAGGGCAGAGUCGUGUGGCAAAAUCACGACCAUGGUACUGCUGCGAGAUUUAUACAUGCCACUUAUUGCUGUCAUAGCGCUGGUAUCUUUUUGCGACGCAAGAAUACACCAACUUACUCUAAAGAAUGAAACGCGUUCCAUCAUCCACCUUAACACAUUUGGUUUCAAUGCCAACGGCACUCUGGAGUUCCAGCUAGUGUCUCUCCGGCUGUCACCAGCUCACCUGAAGGCUUCAACUACAUUCAUUGGAUUCAGCCUGGCCAAAUCACGAGUGAAUGGUGUCCUCGCAUACAAUGGAGAGGAAGCAGAGUCAUGUGUGCCACAGGAGAAGACGAACACAGCAGAACCUCUUGCCGUCUUCGCCAUCCACACCAACGACCCGCCGAGAGUGGAGCUGAAGCUUUCUGGUGAGGGGCAGGACAGUGUUCUGACGGCCUUCAUCGAGAACGAGAAACAUGGAGACUCCACUAAAGAUACUGGAACCAGGAAGAAGAGGCAAGAAGAUACACAGGAGAAGAAGCCCAUCUCCAUAGUGACCAAGCCUGCUGACAAAGCUGUUGACCAGAGGGACGGUGACGAGAAGAAGGCCCCGGAUGCGCCCGCUGUUCCUGGGAAGGAAGGAAAAGAGGAAGAGAAAAGAACGCCUCAAAACAUACAGCUGAAAGACUUGACCAAAGCCAUCACCAUCACCCUGUCCAAAAAUGGAGAUGACUACAGCUUCAGCUUCAACAUGACGUUUGGUGCCUUGGCUGAGGGUCUGUACAACCUUAACUUCCACAACUGUUACAACCGGCUCCCUGCCAACCCACUGCCAUACACCCUCAGCGUGAAGAUCGUUGAGAGGAACUUGGGUGGUUUCCUGUCGGCGGCUGAGAUCCCGCUGCCCCGCCUCUACAUCAGCAUGGCUGCAGUGUUCUUCACCGCCGCACUCAUCUGGGUCUACACGCUCAUGAAGCACAGGUACAGCGUGUUUAAGAUCCACUGGCUCAUGACUGCACUGGCUUUCACGAAGGCCAUCUCUCUGGUGUUUCACAGCAUAAACUAUCACUUCAUCAAUACUGAGGGUCACCCCAUUGAAGGCUGGGCUGUCAUGUACUAUAUCACUCACUUACUGAAGGGGGCGCUGCUUUUCAUCACGCUGGCUCUCAUUGGCACUGGCUGGGCCUUUGUCAAGUACAUCCUGUCCGACAAGGAGAAGAAGAUCUUCAUGAUAGUCAUUCCACUGCAGGUCCUGGCCAACGUGGCCUACAUCAUCAUUGAGUCAACAGAGGAAGGCUCCAGUGAGUAUGCCCUGUGGAAGGAGAUCCUCUUCCUGGUCGACCUCAUCUGCUGCGGAGCUAUCCUCUUCCCAGUCGUCUGGUCCAUCCGCCACCUCCAGGAGGCCUCCACCACUGAUGGCAAAGCUGCCAUGAACCUUGAGAAGUUGAAGCUCUUCAGGCAUUACUAUGUCAUGAUUGUGUGUUAUAUCUACUUCACGCGGAUCAUCGCCAUUCUGCUGAAGGUGACCGUGCCGUUCCAGUGGCAGUGGUGCUACGAGUUCCUGGUGGAGGUGUCCACCCUGAUCUUCUUCGUGCUGACGGGCUUCAAGUUCCGGCCGGCCUCCAACAACCCUUACCUGCAGCUCCCACAGGAUGAGGAGGACAUGGAGAUGGACGAAGUUUUGACAGAAUCCGGCGCGCUCGAGGGCAUCACCAAAGUGAAGAAGACGUCCAACGCUCGCGAGCGACAGAGAGAAGCCACCUUAUGAGAGCCGUGCGCGCCGCUCCUGGGUCCCGUUUGAGCUCCGCCCACGGGCGCACAGGGGGAGGAGUCUGGACUCUUGUACCCAGCC